UUAUAAAGCCGUGACGUCACCACUGAUAGACACAUCUUUGUCAGUGAACAAAAUGGCAACUUACUGUCUAACUGUCGCCCGGCUCCAGCUGGCUCUGGGCCAUGGUGCACGGCGCCUGCAUGUAUCAGCAGCUUACAGAGCCAAGGUGUCAAUGAGCCGCUUUGAGCCUACUUCCUUCAUCAAUUAUGAGAAGCUCCAAUCCAACAUUGACAUUGUGCGAAAAAGGCUCAACCGGCCACUCACCCUGUCAGAGAAGAUCGUAUACGGCCACCUCGAUGACCCCCACAACCAGGAGAUUGACCGCGGUCGCACGUACCUGCGGCUGCGUCCCGACCGUGUGGCCAUGCAGGACGCCACGGCCCAGAUGGCAAUGCUCCAGUUCAUCAGCAGCGGCCUGCCGAAGGUCGCCGUACCCUCCACCAUCCACUGUGACCACCUGAUCGAGGCCCAGACCGGAGGAGUGGAGGAUCUGGCAAGAGCAAAGGAAGUCAACCAGGAGGUCUACAAAUUCCUGUCCAGCGCUGGGGCAAAGUAUGGAGUUGGCUUCUGGAAACCAGGCUCUGGAAUCAUCCAUCAGAUCAUCCUGGAGAAUUACGCCUACCCCGGAGUGAUGCUUAUCGGCACAGAUUCCCACACACCAAACGGCGGAGGGCUUGGUUCCAUCUGCAUCGGCGUUGGAGGAGCAGACGCUGUCGAUGUCAUGGCGGGAAUCGCCUGGGAGCUCAAGUGCCCCAAGGUGAUUGGUGUGAAGUUGACCGGCAGCCUCUCAGGCUGGACGUCUCCCAAGGAUGUCAUCUUGAAGGUGGCAGGCAUCCUGACAGUGAAGGGAGGCACCGGAGCCAUUGUAGAAUACCACGGACCAGGAGUUGACUCCAUCUCCUGCACUGGAAUGGCCACCAUCUGCAACAUGGGAGCAGAGAUUGGAGCCACGACCUCAGUGUUCCCCUACAACCACCGAAUGAGGACCUACCUGGAGAAGACGGGACGUGGACAGAUCGCUGCCAUGGCUGAUGAAUACUCCGACUCGUUGGUACCAGAUGAAGGCUGCGAGUAUGACGAGCUCAUUGAACUCAAUCUGGACCAGCUGAAGCCCCACAUUAACGGACCCUUCACCCCUGACCUGGCCCACCCGGUGUCUGAAGUAGGUGCAAUUGCUGAGAAGAACGGCUGGCCGCUGGAGGUUAAAGUUGGUCUGAUCGGUAGCUGCACCAACUCCAGUUACGAGGACAUGGGUCGCGCCGCCUCUGUGGCCAAGCAGGCUUUGGAUAAAGGCCUGACAUGCAAAGCUCAGUUCACAGUCACCCCCGGCUCGGAGCAGAUCCGUGCUACCAUCGAGAGAGAUGGAUAUUCAAAGAUCCUUGGUGAUGUUGGAGGCGUGGUCCUGGCCAACGCAUGUGGACCCUGCAUUGGACAGUGGGACAGGCAGGAUGUGAAAAAGGGGGAGAAGAACACAAUCGUCACUUCCUUCAACAGAAACUUCACUGCCAGGAAUGACGCUAACCCUGCAACACACGCCUUUGUUACCUCCCCUGAGAUUGUCACUGCACUCGCCAUCGCCGGCACAUUAAACUUCAACCCAGAGACGGAUUACCUCACAGCUGCCAACGGAGAGAAGUUCAAGCUGGACCCCCCCAACGGAGAUGAACUACCUGCCAAGGACUUUGACCCAGGCCAGGACACCUACCAGCACCCGCCCACUGACGGUUCCAGCGUUGCGGUGGAUGUCAGCCCUACAAGCAACCGGCUACAGCUGCUGGAGCCCUUUGGGAAAUGGUAUGGCGGUGAUCUUGAGGACAUGAAGGUCCUCAUAAAGGUGAAGGGCAAAUGCACAACAGACCACAUCAGCGCUGCCGGACCUUGGCUGAAGUUCCGCGGUCACCUGGAUAACAUCUCCAACAACAUGCUGAUCGGUGCAGUCAACAGCGAGAACGAUGCCAUCAACAAGAUUAAAAACUACCUGACAGGGGAGUACGGACAGGUCCCCGAUGUGGCCCGUCACUACAAGGCCAACAGUGUGUCCUGGGUUGUGGUGGGAGAUGACAACUACGGCGAGGGCUCGAGCAGAGAGCACGCUGCGCUGGAGCCCAGACAUCUGGGAGGAAAAGCCAUCAUUGUCAAAAGCUUCGCCAGAAUUCACGAAACUAACUUGAAGAAGCAGGGUGUGCUGCCAUUGACCUUCAGCAACCCAUCAGACUACGACAAGAUCCGCCCUGAUGACACCAUCUCCAUCAGGGGACUCAAAUCCUUUGCUCCAGGAAAGCCUCUUACCGCGCUUGUGAAGCACAGCGACGGCAGCAAGGACGUCCUGGAACUGAACCACACCUUUAACGAGACACAGAUCGAAUGGUUCCAGGCAGGCUCGGCCCUCAACAGGAUGAAGGAGCUGCAAUGAUGGAGAGGAGUGAGGAACAAAACAUGUGGAGGAGGAUUUUUGAUUGGGGUGGGGGGGAUUGUGUGGAAGUUGGGAGAAGAACAUUGGUGCUGUUAAUGAUCAUCUGCAUUUGCACACAGUUUGAACUGAAGACGCGUGUCUGUAUACCUACUAAAAGUUAAAAGUUGAUCAGCUCAUACAAAGUGCCAUGAUAUUGUUGAUCAUGGAACAAUAGCAACUGGUCUGUGGUCAGAUAUUUCCAAAACCCGUCAUUUUGUCGGUACUAUAAGCUGCUCUGUUUUAAAGUCAAACAGUGAUAAGAAAUCUGUUUGCUUUGAUGACCGUUCGCGCGCACAUACACACACACACACACUCACACUCACACUCUAAGCUUUGACCCUGUCCGUGGUAUAAUACCCUGCCAGCUCAUGUGCUCCCUGGGUUUUUUGCAGCUGUUCAAACAGUUCUGUAGAGCGUGGAUGUCACUUGACACUGGAGCUACGCCAGCUGAUCACACACUUGCUUGAGGAUUGUGUUGCACACUGCAUGCACGGCAAUGAUCCGCUUUAGUCCACCGUUGGCAUUCACCCUGCCCCAGUGUUAUUUACACUCCACUUUGACAUCGUAAACACUGCUGUUGGCUGCAACCCUGGGUCCAUUUGUUAAGUGUAGUUGUCGCUGCAAGGACCACAGGGAUCCAAAAGGAACUUGAGAGCACAAGUUCCUGUCUGCCCCCUAGUGUCCUCGAUAAGGCACUGCAGCUAGCUCAUUUUAUUUAAAUGACAGUUUUUAAAGCAGCAACCAGUUGACACAACUCUUUUUUUUCUAGGGAUUGUUUAAAGACUUUCUGGGAAACAGAAAAUCACAUAAGUGCUUGUGGCCGUUUGAGAGUAAGUGGAUUCAACAUAAAGGUAAACUUGACAGACUAUUUCCUUACAUCUUUACAGUGAGAUCAUUUAGGAGUCUGUUUUUAUAUCCAUGUUUUAAUUUGCAAUAGUACAUAUUGUCAUGUUAACUUACCAUGACUUAAUAUGGAGACUUCUAUGGUUUGAUACUGUCUAAGAAUGGUGUGUGGGGGGGCUUCUUCUUCACCUUACACCAUUACUACCACCAUCUUUAAAGUGCCCUCCAGAUCAAAACAUUUCCUCUUUAUAAGGCCAAAUGCAUCAGAUGGUUUUCCCUUGUUUAUUUAUUUAUGUUUUUUUUUUUCCAGCAAGAUGUUCAGAUCGUGUGGGAUAUUUCAUGAACUUGUUUUUAUGGACAUGACUCCAUCCCGUGUUUUUGGUGCUCUUUUUUGUCGGAUAGCAUGACACUUUUUGUGUUCCUUUUACCUCAACAAAACAAAGAAAAAGGGAUCAUUACAUCAGAUCAGAAGCAAAAUGGGUUUUUGUCUUUAUGCCUACUUUUACUUCCCAGUUCCUGCUAACUAAAUGCGUCAAAAGCUUAAGGAUCAGAUGGAGGCAGAACCACUUUGUUACUCUAACCGACUGUGUGAAGUGUCUGGGUCCGUGUAUAUUUAAAUGUUAUUUUUCUCCCAGAUUAUCUUUUCUGUAAUACAGAAAUGCCAAUGGGUUGUAAAAUAAAAAUCACAGAUCUCAUUUA